UUCUUAAUGCACGCUGCCAAAGCCUCCUAUUUUUACCCAUUUUUUUUACCCGUUACAAAGUAACCACCUCCGACCCGAUAUCCCUGUUUUUGAAUAGCCCUGUUUCUGAAGUCAAAAAUUCCACUCUGCCUACAUACACGCUUUCUGUUACUUAUAUUCCCUCUCUGCUUUCUUUUCAAAAUCAGUAAAAACCGCCGGGACAAAUCAGAUCACUCACCACACAAGUAAGGCUUCGCUAGAUCAUCUAUGAUGUUAUAAACUGCAAGGCCAAUAUUCCAUGGAGAGGCCAGGUAAUGUCAAUAGCGAAGAACACAGUGCACGCGAUUCUGGAGAUGAGUCUACAGGACGCAAACGCUUCAUUAGAACAAGUGAUGAUGAAAAUGAGUCUGGUGCCAAACGACGUGGCGGUGGGACAGCUCUUCAUGAUUUCUUGCAAAAAAGGAUGCUUUCAAUGGCUUCUUCGAAGGACAAGACAAGGACGGAGUCUAAUUCAGAUUCUGAGUUCACUCUUAGGCAACCACUCGGAAAUAUUGACAGCAACUCACGUGGUGUUCAACGACAAGUAUCUAUGCAUGAAUGUGUCCAGGAGGGAACUCACAGGCAGCCGUGUAUCACUCAAAACUUUACAACAGGAGGUUCUGACUCACAAAGGCAGCCACUCGGAAAUAUUAACAUCAACGCACGUGGACAGCAGGAACAAGCUUAUGUGCAUGGAUAUAUCAGUAAAGAAACUAACAACCAGCCGUGUGGUAGCCGCGUUGUUCAUCCUCAUGUUCAGGACAAAGCAUUCAACGUGAGGACAAGCAGUGACAAGGAGAACAAUCCUUCAUUUGCGGAUGGAGUUGCUAAUUCAGAGGUUAUUAGUUCACCCGCAGUUCCCAGACGCAGAGGAAGAGGCCCCGGAAUAGAAAAUAUUUUUAAAAAAAAACUUGCCAAUGAUUCUCAGAAUAUAUCAGGCCAGCACACGUUAAUAAAUCGAGCUCCAAGGCAACGAGGUCGUGGUCCUGGUGUCAACAAUUUGAUAAAUUCUCGAGAAACUUUGAACAGCCCUAACAAAGAGCCACCAGCUGCUCCAAAACGUAGAUGUAGAGGUCCAGGAGUAGAUAAAAUGUAUCGACAGAGGUUUGGUCAUGAAGAUGGUAAUUUAAACAAUGACAAGACUCCUUUGAAAAAUGCUUCUGAUAUAUCUUCAUAUUCUAUGCGUGGCACACACAUUUCUCUAAACAAUACCGAAUGUAGAUCUCCAAGUAGCACUAUAACCUUCCAGGGAUCAAUGCUGAGGAUGAAUGGCUCUCCUCUGCAUAAUAUUAUCAGCAACACACCUCACAACAUGUCUGGUAGUGCUGAGACUAAUUUUACAUCUUCUUCUGUUCUGACACGGCUUCCCGACUCAGAGGCACGUAGGCCUUUCCGUCCAAGUUUUGGCACGUCAACGUCUGGGGUGAAGAAUUUAUCUGAAGAUUUGGAGAAAGCAAUAGACGAUACAGAGCAUCUCAACGAGUUUGAUGAUGGUGACCCCGCGUCCGAUGAGCCAACAUCAGACAUGUGGAAAGGUUAUUCCAGCAUUGGUCCUCCAAAUGCUUUGUGUAGUGACUGCGGUGCGAUAAUGUGGGAUGUUGAACGUAACAACAAAAAAAGUCGAAAUGCAGCUCCAACUUUCUCUUUGUGUUGUAAGAGUGGCCAAGUUGUUCUCCCCCCUGAGAAGCAUGCUCCAGAGCCUCUAGCUUCUUUACUCUAUGGAGGUCCCAAAUCAACUCAUUUUCGUAAGAACAUCCGGGUGUAUAAUUGUAUGUUUGCAAUGUGUUCAAGUGGUGGGAAAAUAGACCAUAACAUAAAUAGAGGUGGAGCGCCGUUCUGUUUCAAGAUCAGAGGACAGAAUCUUCAUUUUAUUGGAAGCCUCAUUCCUGAUGAAGGGGAAAAACCAAAGUUUUGUCAGCUAUACAUUUAUGACACUGAUAAUGAGCAAUCUAACAGGAUUGGUGCUGUUGGAGCAAAGGUCGAUGAUGUUGAUCUAGACAUAGUUGACAGUCUCACACGGAUGCUUGACGAAAAUAAUAAGCUGGUUAGUUAUUUUCGCACUGCCCAGAGGAGAUUCAAAAGUAAUGAACAAGAAGACUUCAAACUGGUACUUAUGUCAGCCCUAAUCAAUGUUAUUCCGGAAGAGGAAUUUACAAUUCAAAUGCACAGGUUUGAAAUUAUUCCACUGGAAGACUUGCAGGAACAUGUUGUUGAAGGAAAUCCAAAUUGGCUAAAUGAAUUCUCCAUAGAUGUAAUGGGAAUCGUGGAAGAUCUUGAACCAAUCCAGGAAUUCCAGACAAACCAUGGUCCAGUAGAAAUUAUAAAAUUCACAAUAUAUGAUGGAAGUGUUAGACACAAAGUGCAUAUAUCGGGACCCUUCAACCCUGACGCGUUAUCGUUGUAUGACGAUCAAUUUGCAAAUCCCAAGAUUGUCAUAAUGGCAAGCACAAGAAUUUCUGAGUUUAGAGGGACUAUUAAGAUAACUAAUCUUUCGUCCACCAAGAUUUAUGUGAACCUUGAAUGCCCGGAAGUGACAACGUUCAGACAAUGGUUGAUCAAUGAUGGGUUCAUGGAGUUUUGGCCUAUCAUUUGAUCUGAAGAACUAGAUGCUAAGUACGACAUGGGAGCUAAUAAGAACUGGGUUGCUGUGAGGCAGAUUUGUGCCGCAUCAUUCCUUGAUUCAGAUUAUUGUUUUGGGUUUCAUCCUAGGAUUUUCUUUCUGUUAAAAAUGAAUUCUAUUCAUCCAGUUAGGCUUUGAUUUCAUAAGUUUCUUUUUAUCAGAUGACCUCAUUUGCUUUAUUAUUUCAUUAGACUAUGUCUGCUUUAUAAUUUUCAAAGAGCAUGAUUGCAUUUUUUAUUUGAGAUGUAUAGUCUGAAGGAUUUUUUAUAAAGCAAGAUGAUUUUGACAAUGUGAGUUGAAUUUCACUUAGAUUUUAUUCAUGUUUCUGGGGUAUAAUCAUGUACAUAUGUAUAUCUAAAAGUGGUGUAUAGUCUUAUUGUACAAGAGAACAAACAUAUGACUUAGUAAACGUGGUUGAGAAUGAAUAUACAUCAUUGAAUAGAGU